AUGAAUGGAAACAGCAGAACAUGCCAAACAAAUGAUACGGAGCCGGGACACCAAGAAACUCGGUCUCCCGUUUCCUCCAACUGUAGAAAAUCUGGUCACCGCGAUACAAAUGUCAACAAAUCACCGAACCAGAGCUUCGAAUGCACCAUUCAUGAUUUAGGCGAUAACACCAGCGAGACGCUACGUAGUAUUUGCGAGCAUUCGGAUGUCAUCGCCAAAGGAUUUGCCAAAAUUAUAGUGACCGAUUACAAGCCACAUAUCGGCCGGCAAAUCAAAUUUCUUUCUUCAGGCGGCAACAAAUCCAAAAGAGAAGUCAACGAAUACGCCAUGAGAAAGUCCACGCUACAAAAGGAUGACGGAAACUUUGUCAUCCUCUACGAUGCCAUUGACGUUGUCGAGGGAGAAAUGACCGUUCAUCUUUCUGCAGAGACGCCCAUGACGGCGGAAAGCGAUGUAUUCUCAUCCGACUUGAGGGCUGUUGACGACAGUCUGGGUGCUUCUCAUCAAACUCACUAUUAUGUGGGCGACUGGGUUUGUACCAAAAGUUUGCAUGGACCAGUACUUACAUGCGGUCCCCAGCUCGAAACGGCUUUUGGGCGCAACCCCAAGCCCGGAAUUACCACUUCUUAUCUCUAUUACGCGAAAGAUGCCUUGACUUGCAGCGGUAUGCAUCUUGAAGAUCUUUUCGUACCAUCAGUAAAUUUGCUUCGCUGGGGAGCCCCCAAGGCAUGGCUGGUUCUCGACCCAGAACCGACCAACAUGAAGCUAUUCGAGAAACGUGUCAAGGAGUGUAUGAGACAACGUGUGAGCAACCCCGAAGCCCAGACGCUUCGUCCGGAGACAACUGCCUGGUGUUCCCAGUUCGUGCGUCAUCAGAAUACUUUAUUCACAACAACAACGCUCGAGAAUUAG